AUGGCGCGACCCAGUAUCCACUUCGGGGUUGUUUACUUCAGUAUUGCAGCUCUGGUAUAUUUAAGACCCGAGUAUAGAGUGCUCGACUCGCCCGUCUUGACGUUCAUCGGGUUGUCAAUUAUUGCAACAGCACUUCGGAUCAUCUAUGAUUUAAGUUUAUAUCCUCAAUUUUUCACACCUCUCAAACAAUUACCGACACCACCGACGCGAACAUGGCUCCGAGGCAACACGAAAUCUAUCUUCCUGGAGACUCCCCUGGAUGAAAUGGCGGACUGGAUCAGAAAUGUGCACAACGACGGGUUGAUUCGUUAUUACAUGGUUGGAAACCUAGAACGUGUUCUUUUGACGUCCCCCAAAGCCCUCAGUGAGGUGCUCGUUCACAAGGCGUAUGAUUUCUGCAAGCCUGAACUAGUCCAGCUUCAAUUGAGGCGUGUUACGGGGAAUGGGCUCCUUCUUGCGGAGGGGGAUGAGCAUAAGCUACAACGAAAGAAUCUUAUGCCAGCGUUCUCCUACCGCCAUGUCAAAGACCUUUACCCGGUAUUCUGGGCGAAGAGCGCCGAAAUGGCAAACCUGAUCGAGCAAGAUGUCAAAUCCCGAAAUAACCCAGAAGACAACGUCGUCCAGAUUGGUAACUGGGCCAGCAGAGCGACUUUGGAUAUUGUCGGUCUUGCAGGAAUGGACCAUGACUUUGAGUCUCUACAGGACCCCGACAAUGAGCUCAAUCGGCAGUACCGUCGAUUCUUCGAUGACGACCCAAAAAUGACCAGAAUAAUCGUGCUCCUAGGUUUGUUCGCAGUCGACCUGAAAAUCCUUCAGAAACUGCCCGUCCGACGUAACAAGAUCGCCCAAGAAACGUCAGGGUUCCUCCGCAGCGUCGCUCGGCAAAUCAUCCAUGAAAAGCGCGAGAAAAUAGAGAGCAAAACCGAAAACAACGGAGUUGACAUAAUCUCUGUCGCCCUACAAAGCGGUACCUUCACAGAAGAAAAUCUAGUCGACCAAAUGAUGACCUUCCUAACGGCCGGCCACGAAACAACAUCCACAGCCAUGCAAUGGGCCAUCUACGCCCUCUGCAAACAUCCAGACAUCCAAUCCCGUCUCCGCGAAGAAAUCCGCACAAGCCUCCCCUCCAUUUCCUCUGCCUCACUAGCCCCCUUAUCCGCUGCAACCCUCGACUCCCUUCCCUACCUCAACGCCGUCUGCAAUGAAGUUAUCCGCUUCUACCCCUCCGUCCCAGCGACAGUCCGCAUCGCCUCCCGCGACACCACCAUCACCGGCGUCCCGAUCCCCAAAGAUACCUUCUUCAUGAUCUCCCCGCACAUAAUCAACCGACAAGAGGAAUUCUGGGGGCCCGAAGCAGCUACAUUCAACCCAGAACGGUGGAUCGAUCCCAACACAGGACGCACGAAUAAGACCGGCGGGACGAGUAAUAACUACGCUUUGUUGUCCUUCCUUCAUGGGCCGAGGAGUUGUAUCGGGCAGGGGUUUGCGAAGGUUGAGCUGGCUUGUCUGGUUGCCACGAUGGUGGGCAAGUUUGAGAUGGAACUGAGGGAUCCGAACGCGAAGUUGGAGAUCAGGAAGGGUGCGACGGUACAUCCUAGGGAUGGGGUUAUGGCAAGGUUGACGCCGUUGGAGGGGUGGUGA